AUGGCGCGAUGCGAUCAUCCAGCAUGGCUUGAGCUUUGGCAAGGCGAAGUAGGCCCCUUAGUCAGCCACGGCUGGAGACUGCCACAGAUUACAAGAGAUCUCCCAGAUCCAGUCGAACAAAAGCCGCAAAUUACAUUUUUCUUGGGUCGGAACACAAAGGAAAAGGCCCUUCGAUCUCUUUGUUACAGCAAAUAUAAAGGACCCCGCCGCAAAAAUUCCUUUAACAUCAGACUGGAUAAUCGUACGCUACAUGCCUUGCAUCCGCGUCUAUUCGCUGACUGUGACCCAACUGCUCGAGGAAUUCAACCAGUGAUCAAGGAUGUGAGGCGCUGUCACCAGGACCAAAUUAUCCCGGUAGCCUCACUCUCUGAAGACCACACCCCCCAGGACACAAUCAUCGCACGCUUGCUGUUCAUGUUUGUUGACUUGGUCUGUAUCUUCGCUGAUGAUGUUGGCGGUCUAAAUGGAGUACGUGACUUGUUGUUAAAAUGGACGGGUAUGGGAUCCGCAUCCUCUCUACCUAAAGCUAUACGACCGAGAAUCAUUGUUGUCACUACCACAUCACCCAGUGUAACCCAGGAUGUCCUUGAUGAGGCAGACUUCCUGCUUGACAUUCGUUCCACCCAGCCUGAGUUCCUCAGAGUGUUCUCUGAUAUUCGGUUCUGCUACUUGCCAUCCGAUGAGCUCUCAUCUAACGCCCGGUUUUUAUCUCUGGGCGCGGAUAUCUCACGCCAGCUGCAUGAUACCCGCUUCACCCGACUACGGCACAAAUUGAUGUUCUCUGCUGCUCACCUCGGGGAUUUGUUCAAGAUGGCCACUGAUCAGAUUUGCCGACUCCCUCGUCAAAAAUUCGACUUUAUUGCCUCCACCCGGCAGCAGAAUUUGUUAGACGGAGCCUUCAAUUCACAUCUUGUCGACUUUCUUAAACUAAGUGGGAAGGCAACAAUUCCUUACGAGGGUAUAGUCUCACAUAUCGCCUCAGCUAUCUUGAUGGACGCAUAUCCUCCUGGGAUGCAUUGCUUCUCCCCAAGAGUAGUUUUUGAUAGGCUCUAUCAUGAGAUUUGUUAUCAAGCGCAUCGCGAGGUGUAUAGCACUGACGAGCUUGCAACAUUACAAUGCGGUCGAAUCGGAAGUCGCCUCACGGUGCUUUUUGAAUAUAUGAAAGGAGCUUCUACUUCGUCUGCCGAGAUUCAUAAGGAUAACUUGACGGACCAAGCUAAAUACUGGGGAUGGUUACGUUGUAAUAGGACCUGCAUCCUAUGCCUGCGGCGGAGCCCUGAGCAUGUGCUACCAUGUCACCACUCGAUUUGCGACACAUGCGUCAGGGUAUUCGGGGUGGCUACUCUGUGUUAUGAAGAAGAGUACUUGAUUCCAGAAUGUCCCCUCUGUCGCUCUGCAGACUCCCUUACUGUACGUAUCAAGCCAUCUACUUGCGCUGCUCGGGUGCUUAGUAUUGAUGGAGGUGGGCCACGUGCGGUCAUUCCACUUGAGAACCUAGAGAUUCUUCAGGGGAUCUUGGGUGAUCAUAUACCGAUUUGCGAUAUGGUAGAUCUGACAGUCGGGUGCAGCUCUGGUGGGUUGAUAUCUCUGUCGAAGUUCAUGCUUCGCAUGGAUGUUGGCGUGUGCAAAGACUUGUUUCAGGAACUUGCAAAAAAGGUUCUUUCCCCAGCUAGAAAGAAGCGAUUUUUACGCUCUUGGCUAUCUGAUGGAGUUUAUGAUGCAAGGGACCUCGAGAAUGCUCUCCAAGAUCAUUAUGGUCAAACAAGACGAAUGUUUGAUACUCCACAGAAUUCUCUAUCAGCUGGGAAGGUUGCAAUUUUGGCAAGCGAGAUCAAGGCUGGGGCACCGUUUAUAUUCACCAACUACAAUGGAGCAGCUCCUCAUAGAGCACAAUCAGGUUUGACUGUCCACUCCGGGCUAUCAUCAUAUAACUUACGAUAUCAGCAUACGGCAGGCUUCGUCCGGACAGUGAAAGUGAGCCAUUCAUAUGGCAAGUGUGAGCUCUUUCCUACUAUUGACAUUCCCGGUCUUGGCACAUUCCAAGACGGUGGUAUGAGGAGACAUAAUAAUCCUAUCAAUCUAGCACUUUCCGAGGCUAAACAUCUUUGGCCGAAUUGCCCGAACCCAGAUGUCUUUAUAUCCUUGGGAACUGGAUCAAACGGCGAAGCUCAAUCGACUUCCGUUUCCCGGUUUCGAAAUAUAUUUGUGGACGGCUGGCUUCCUCGCAUUUAUCGGUCUCUUUCCUCAUCUUUCGAGGGCCAGUGCAAUUGGAGGGAAUUUCUUGGAAUUUUAGACGACAAAGUACGGGGCACAUAUUUCCGCUUCGACUCACCUAUACCUGGUGGAUUGCCUGGUCUGAAUGAUACCGACUGCAUGGAAGGGCUCUCUAGGCUUGUUCGCUCUACUAUCCCUACAGAUGGAUCACAUCAAGACACAGUGACUUCUCUACUCACCACGUCCUUCUUUCUUCAUCUUGAUUCUAAGCCGGAAUAUAUUGGGGGUCUUCUACAGUGUGUUGGCUCAAUUCGCUGCCGAGGCUCUGCCCGCCAUAUUAUCGACUGCCUGGAAAAGUUACACCCAGAACCAAAAUACUUUUACAAAGACUCUAUUAAUCUCGGACUUCAGCUAGCGAGAGAUGACAUCUGUCCAUCUUGCAAUCGAUAUUUCCGUCCUAUUCGGUUCAGCAUCCGAGAUAUCAAUGAUACAAUCUCCCUCUCUCUUCACUUUGGCGGUCGAACGCAGCGCCUUAGUGCAUUUCCGAGCUCUAUACAAUGGUUCAUAGAGCAACAAAGGCUUGAGUGGAGUUUUGGCUCACUGGAUCAUUCCUUUCAAUCACAGUCAGGCUGUGCGGCGUGUGAGGGACACCAGGCAGGGAGGCGAAGGAAGAGAAAAUAUGCCGACAUAUGA